UUUCCAAAAACAAAUGGUACGCAACGGCAACUUUCACGGACGAUCGACAGUGGAGGGAGACCCUGAAGCCCUCACCUCAGACCGGCGUUGGUUCUAUGCUCGUUCCUCACUCACUAUUCGAAUCUUCAGCAUGACGAGAUCCUCAAUCCCUGGAGCUGGGCAAUGCUCCUCAAAUCCAUAUGCCACACCCCCAAUUUAUGAAUCUGGCAAAUUCGACUGACUUUGAAGUUGUUAAUCUUCUUCUGGAUUUUCGAGAAGAUGGUGAGGGAGAUAAAGACAAAUUCAAGGAUGCGGGACUGUUGGGACGCUUUGAAUUUUGUUUGCUGCUUUGAGUUCUGGAGAAUGGCAGUGUUUUGGACACUUGCUCUCGUCAGGUCAUACUUGGAGUUGUCCUCGAGAGCUUUCUUCUAUCGGAUACCUCAUUUCUACCCGCGUUGUUCUCCGCCUACCCUCACUUCAAUUUCCGAAACAAAAGCACCAACCAGGCCCCUCUGCAUCAUCACGGGCGCUACAUCUGGUUUGGGUGCUGCAUCUGCCCAUGCUCUUUCCCGUGAAGGCUUCUAUGUUGUUCUUGCUGGACGCUCUUCCCAUCUGCUAUCUAAGACUGUCGAAGAGAUCAAGAAACAGGAUGCUGAUGCUCAUCUCAAAGCAUUUCAGGUUGAUCUGUCAUGUUUCCAAUCAAUCAUAAAUUUCAAAAAUGCGUUUGAGCGGUGGCUUUCAAAUUCAAAUAUGCAUCCUUCAGUUCAAGUCUUGAUCAAUAAUGCAGGGAUAUUUGCAACAUCAUGUAGAUUCACAAGUGAAGGCUAUGAUCAGAUGAUGGGAACGAAUUACAUUGGUGCAUUUGCUCUGACUAAUCUACUGUUACCACUACUCAGAAGCAGCCCUGUUCCUUCCCGGAUAGUUAAUGUUACAUCAUUUACCCAUCAAUGUGUGUCUUGUACACAAGUGGAUGAGGAAACUCUGGUUGGGAAGUAUUUCUCAAGAUCAAAGCAAUACCGAUGUGCUCAUAUCUAUGAAUACUCCAAAUUCUGCUUGCUACUGUUCUCUUAUGAGCUCCAUCGGCAACUGUACUUGAACGAUGAAUCUCACAAAGUCUCUGUCUUGUACGUAUUUUUGAAUGCUGUGGAUCCUGGGUUUGUGGAAACUAACAUCAUGCGGGAGGUUCCAUCAUAUCUAUCUCAGCUGGCUCUUAUGGUUAUAAGACUCCUGGGUCUCCUGCAGUCUCCUGAAAAUGGAGUUGAGUCCAUUGUUGAUGCUACCCUUGCACCGCCAGAAGCAUCUGGAGAGUACUUUUUUGGAGGAAGAGGAAGGACAGUUAAUUCCUCGGAACUUUCUUAUGACCCUGAACUUGCAGAAAAACUGUGGACCAGUUCUUAUAAGCUGUUUAUGAAGUCGCAGCUUGUGUCCAAGGAUGUUUCUUGAUUAGAACAUCAAUUAGAAUAACAUUAUUAUUGCCAAUUACAUUCUCUGGGUGGCUUUGUUGAACACUUGAACCACUCUGCUUACAAGUCAGUAAGUUACCAGAAUAUGUCCAGCUUGAUUAUAGUGGAAAUGGUGAGACUUGGAGUCAUGCAUCUGACCGCAAGUACUUGCGAAAUAGUAUUAGUUGAGUUGAGUUUAGUUCCAUAUUACACUUUUUUAUGCAUACGUGUUUGUUUAUGUUUGUUUUGUACUA